AUGCUCAGCCUCCCUCUGCUAGCUCCUCCCGCGAACGUCUACGUGUACGCACAGGAAGCGCUCGACCCCAAUGUCAUCUGGGCGCGCCGCGUCGGCAUGUGGACCGUGGCCGAGGCGCCCUCGCGGACCGUCGACAGCGUGGCGGAGGUGCGGCUGUCGCUGAGGUUCGAGCGGCCGGCCGCGGCGGGGCCAGGGCUGGUGCAGCUCCUGUUCUUUCACUCGUCGGAGCUGAGUCUCCUCGGCACGACAGACAGCGACGGGCGGCGUGCGUUGUGCUGCACCGACCGCGCCGCCGCGGCCGGCGCCUGCCGUCGUGCGGGUAUGUUGGUCGUUCGCGGCGAUGGCGAGGCCGACGAGCAGCAGCCGGGAGUGUGGGUGCGCGACGUUCCCUUCCGCGGCCCGGAGGCCACCGGCGCCGUCGACGCGACCGUGCGCGUGUCACGCUCGGGCGUGCACUAUCUGCUGCUGGCGAGCUGCGCGCCCUCGACGGGCAGCGUGCUUGUUUCUGGGUCGACCGCGUGGCUCAACCCGCACGGCUACCUCCCGGCGGAGCUGUACGCCUUCCUCCCCUUCUUCGGCGCCAUGGCCGCCCUCUACUCCGCGCUUCUGGCUCUCUGGGUCGGGCUGUGCGUGCGGCACCGCUCGCUGCUGCUGCCGCUGCAGGUCUACAUCGGCGGUGUCAUUCUGCUUGGCUGGCUCGAGGCGGUCACCUGGUACCGUGACUACGACCUCUUCAACGCCGGCGGCUCGCGCGGCGUCGUCCCGAUCGUGCUCGGCGUGCUCGCCUCGACCGCCAAAAAGACGGCGCCGCGCGCGCGGCUGACACACAGCCCUGUCGCGCCUCUCUCGCCUCAAGUCUCCCGCCUCCUCCUCCUCGUCGUCUGCCUGGGCUACGGCGUCGCGCUGCUCUCGGCCGCGAUGAUCACUUGGCAGCUGGGCGCACUCGCGGGCGACCCCCUCGACGAGAGCUGGGCGACGCUGUGGGUCUUCGAUGCCUUUUGGCACGCGCUCUACUUUGCGGUGCUGCUCGCGCACCUCCUCUCGCUGGAGAACAAGGGCUGUGUCACGUCGAUGGUUUUCGCCCUGUGCGCGCAGUACUUCGCGUCGGGGCAUUUUGUCAACGUGCCGACCGCCGCGGACGAGUUCGGGAUAUGCAAGGAGGUCGGGUCCUGGCGGGCCGCACGCUCCCUGUGGGUCCAUACCAGGCCGGAGUGCGAGGAGCUUUGCCUCACCGACCACUCGUGCACGGCGUACGAGUGGUCGAUAACUGCAAAGGACAGCCUCGGAAACAGCCGAUGCGAGCUGUUGUCGCAACCGAUCGGGUCUAUCCGCCGAUCGUCCAAUCACAUCUGCCAGGUUAAGGAGACGGCGCAGGGCGCGAGUGCGCCGCCGGGGCAGAGUGCGGUCGCCCCGUCGUGGUUGUCGUCGCCCGCUCGCGUCGCGAGCAACAAGCUUCCCAGCAGUGGCGCAAGGGCACCGACGUCAACGAACCUGAUUCGCAGGCAGGCGGGCUGCUAUGCGGCACCCGAUAAGGACUGCCCCUGCUGUCAAUACGUCAAGCCAGGUGAGGACGUUGCUUCGGCGUGCCCGCAAAAGGAUCUGAGGAACGCGGACUUGCGGAACGCCAGCUUUGAGGGCGCCAUUCUUCAGGACAUGAACAUCGAGUGCGCGGUGUUCGAUGGCGCCGAGCUGAAAUCCGUCUCGUUCAUGAAAUCGCACGGCAAAGGCGCCUCGUUCCGCCACGCUAGGAUGGAGGGCGCGCUCUUCAUGAGCACGAGCCUAGAUCGCGCCAGCUGGCAUGGUGUGCAGGGCACGCUGUCGGCGACGUUCGAGGCCGCGACGGGGUCGCUGCCGCCGGAAAUCUCGCCCGCGGUCUGA